UGCUGUCCUCGUUAUGACUAGCUAGCCAAGAACCACACUAUUAAAGUCUGUAAUGAAGCUAGCCACCUUACCCAGUGUUGUUGUGUAGACAGGUGUAUUCAUCAGUCCGUGCGCAAGCAAGGACACUGACCUUGGAAGAAGCCAUGGCUAACUACUGGAGGACGGCUUGGUGCAGACACCUUCUGGCUGUGUCCAUGGCCCUGUUCUGCCUGCUCCACAACACCAUGGACGUCCAUGCCCGGCCAGCUAACAUGUCAUCCCUGAAGGACAAGAACAACCCCACCAAUAAAGAGGAGAAUGAGAUCCUUCCCCCAGACCAUCUGAACGGGAUGAAGCUGGAGAUGGACGGUCAUAUCAACAAGGACUUCCAUCAGGAGGUGUUCCUGGGUAAGGAGAUGGAGGAGUUUGAAGAGGACUCUGAGCCCAAGAGGAACAGGAACAAGCUCAUUGACAUCUUCAGCAAGUAAGUGGGGAUGACUGGCUUUCAAUUUCAUGACUCAUGAGUCAUGUACAUACUCUCUGAGUUGAGUACAUUCACCUAAUGUUGACCCAGUUUUAGCUUUGUGGAGUGUCUGUAUUUUUUUUCCACUUUUCAGCUGACUUUUGUGUAGGUCAAAUUGUGAAAUGGUGUGUAGAUGCAAGGUUGUAAUAUGAUAAAUCCACAUUUCUUAGUUGGGAGUUUGGACCAUGUCUAUGUAGCCUAUACACAUCCAGUUAAUGUGUACACCGUUCAUGGUCAGGUUCCUAUUUUAAACAAGUGAGGCUAGGCUAUCUGUUAUGAUAAACAAAGCAGUGUUCCUGAGAAUGAAGAAGUGAGUGCAUCUAAUAGGUCAACCACAGCAGUCUAAGUAAAUAUCUGGCCUUAUCUACCCCAUACUGGGUAAGCUAGGUGCCAUGUAGUAAAAGCUAGGAGGCUGAUUUAUAAAUACUGUUGAAGCGAAACAGUCCAGAUAUUUUAAUCCUACUUGUCACCCUUGCCAAACGUCCAGGUUCCUUGACAAAUCCUCACUACCGUUCCAUUAUUUUGACCCUAUAUGGCAAAGGAAUGACUGUGUUGGAAAAGCAUGAAAGCUGAAACCUUUGAAAGCAUAUUUUGAGCUAAGGUUGCAUCUUACUCGGUUACAAAACGUUCCAAAAUGAUCUGGGUUUGGGGCUGAAGCAGAUAUAUGAUAGUGGAUUUUAAUAAACUACUUGAACUUGAUACUCCAUUUGAGUGUUUGUGUUUUGAAAGUCGCUGUGGAUAAGAGCGUCUUCUAGCUAAAUUACCUAAAUGUAAAACUGUAGAUCGACAAGGUCUCAACACUAGGCUUUCGUCCUUAGGGUGGACAUUAAUAAUGAUAAGAGCGUCAGUGCCAAGGAGAUGCAGCGCUGGAUCGUGGAGAAGACAGAGGAACACUUCCAGGAGGCUGUGAGAGAGAACAAGAUGAGCUUCCAUGCUGUGGACCCAGAUGGAGAUGGUAAGCGAGAGGACAUUCUUAUCUGGGUCUUAUUCAUUAGGCACCAAAACGGAAGAAAACAGAGUGAAACAAGGAGGGACUACCUGGACUUGUCCAACAAUAACCAAUCGUUUUCAUUUUCUGUAGCUGUGGCCUAAUGAAUACCACCCUGAUACAUAGCCAUGAUGGUGACCUAUUGAUUGAGAGCAAUGCGUUUGUUACCAACACUGAUGUCCUACUUUUAGGCCUCAGACCUGAUAUGUGUGGGCCACAAUACAUCUCAGACCUGAUGACAUGACAGCACUGUUUCCCAAAACUGCCUCAAAAUCCUUCCUACACAGUCUAGCGCCAGUCCCUAAACCGUUAUAUUCUCCUCAUAGGCCAUGUGACAUGGGAUGAAUACCGGGUAAAGUUUCUGGCCAGCAAAGGAUUCAACAAGAAGGAAAUGGCUGACAAGAUAAAGAACAGUGAAGAACUGAAGGUGGACGAGGAGAGUAAGUUAAUCCACAACAAUACAAUCUGCACCACACUACUUUAGUUGUAGACCAUGCAUUUCUACUGAUAAAUCAGGAAUUCUGGCUUUUCUUGACUGUAUUCUGUUCAUAAUAUCAUUGAAACUGACCUACCCCCCCCCCCCCCCCAAACCAAUAUCAGUUUUCUUUCUAAUUUUCGAUGUUGUCCUGAUCACACCCCUGAUAGUAGCCUAUUUCCCCUAACUCUGCCAGUAAUGCUUGUAUUUACUGUCUCUUUGCAGCCCAGGAGGUGCUGGAGAAUCUGAAGGACCGCUGGUUCCAGGCUGAUAACCCCCCAGCCGACCAGCUGCUGAACGAGGAAGAGUUCCUCUCCUUCCUGCACCCAGAGCACAGCAAAGGAAUGCUCAAAUACAUGGUCAAGGAGAUUGUUCGCGACCUAGGUACGUUCUACUCUACUCGCUCAAAUUAGUUUUGAUUUGAAUUCAGUUUAUUGUUUCUAUGUAUAAUGCUAUACGUUUUAGUAUAAGUGAUAGAGUAUGAGAAUGAAUUAACGGUUGAAGACAAAUAUGCAGAAUGAAUACAUAAGUUGUGGAUGAUCAUGAUCAAUCAUGAAAAGUGUUACUAUAAUGCUAUUUUAGUGUGAUGUGUAUUUUGUGUUGUUUUUACAGACCAGGAUGGUAACAAGAAGCUGACUCUGUCUGAGUUCAUCUCCCUGCCCAUGGGCACUGUGGAGAACCAGCAGGCUCAGGACAUCGAUGAUGACUGGGUACGAGAGAGGAAGAAGGAGUUUCAGGAGGUCAUCGAUGGCAACCAUGACGGCAUCGUAACCAUGGAGGAACUAGAGGUGGGUGCCGUGUGUGCUGGUUAUACUGCAGGACCUGAUGGCAGGGUUUUUCCGGAUAAAAAAGGGGCUUAGGGGGUGGGUGUGGUAGGGGGCGUGGCUGAACUUUACAGAACAUUUUAGAGGCCCCCAUCUUGGCGAUGUAGAGAUUCUUUUUUUGCCAAUUUCCUGCAUUCUACAAAUUUCUCCAUGGAGCUGAGAGAAACUUAAGCAACUUUUGCAGUUUUAAAAGCAAAUUUCCUGCAAAUAACACAAAGUUCCUGCCAUUCUAUGCAUUUUGCCAUGGCUAAUGCUGUGUUCUUUUGCUCAAACAUAAUAACAAAAAUAAAUACUGCUAAAUUAUUGUUUUUGGAAUUCUCAAUUCUCCUCGACUGUAGUUUUUAUUUUAGUGCUCAUUAGAUCUCAAAGAUAUUAUUAAAAAAUAUAUAGGUCCAUUAUCUUUUCUACAUACUUUGUAGAUUAUUUUAGUAGUUUAAGUUUACACUGAAAGUGUUUUUCCAUGCCGAAAAUGUUUUUAAAAAUUAUAACAUAUUUACACUGUUUCCUUCUCCCCCCGUCUUUUUCUCAUGCUCUCUCUGCUCUCCAGGAGUACAUGGACCCGAUGAACGAGUACAACGCGUUGAACGAGGCUAAGCAGAUGAUCGCUGUGGCCGACGAGAACCAGAACCACAACUUGGAACUGGAGGAGAUUCUCAAGUACAGCGAAUACUUCACUGGCAGCAAGCUCAUGGACUAUGCCCGGAAUGUUCACGAGGAGUUCUAAGCUCUAAAGACAAACUGUCCUACAAAACCUUCCCUUUCCCUUCUAAUGAGGGCAUUCUGGUAAGUAUGCUCUAAGGACAGGUCUGUCUUAUUGAUGGAAAGAAAAGCCUGAUGUUGGGAUGUUUUAGUGUGCAAUUAUGUGUUUAAAUCCUAGUCCCAGCAGACUGACCCGCCCUGGCCUCCUCCACUGACUCUUAAAGUAAGGCAUAAAACAUCCUUCAUUUCUGGACUGUCUGCCUCUUCUAAACAUCCCAUCAGAAUUAACCAUAGCCGGGGUCUGCCUACUGUCUACAGUGGUACUCAAGUUGCAUUAUCUCACCUAUGAUUAUGUAUUUGUCUUUUUCAGUGCAUGCUAGACACUACGCCAACUUCAUGAUUAAUUUGAUGCUAUAUUGUGAAAUGUAUGUAUAUGAGGAAUUUGAACAAGAUUCAAUUUUUUUCUCCCCUCUAUUGAAGUAGUCCAAGUUAAGGAGGAUUACACAAUCAAACCUAUUAUUUUGUAGCAGGACCUCUAUUUUUACUCCAAACAAUAAAAAUGUUAAACUCGCACAACAAUCUAAAUACAUUUACAUCACAUAUUUUCAUUGGCAUUUCAAAUGUAGUUGUAGCCUACGUGCGUACCACAAUGUUGCUUGGAAGUAACUGGUCUUUACAAAGUCAUCAAUCACAGUAACUACUGUAUUCUCCAUACUCACUGACUACAUAACGUGCUUGCUGCCCUUGUGAACAGUUAUUUGAAAUUUUUCUAUUUGGUAAAAGGGGUACUAAGGGUUACACUGGUAAAGUAUUAAUAGGUGUUUAUUAUUCUCUGAUCCGUCCUGUUCUUGACAAUUAGUGCUUAUGUGUGAUAAUUAUGGAGUUUUAACUCCCUGCUGCAAUAGCUCGUAUGUUUUCCAUUUGUUUGCUUUUGUAUCUAUAAUUCCAAAUGGGAUUGUGCAUUUAAGCAUCUCUAAAAUGCUAGAGUGGCAGGCAGCCUAGCGGUUAGAGCGUUGGGCCAGUAACUGAAAGGUCACUAGUUUUGAAUCCCCCAGUCAACAAGGUGAAAAAAUCUGUCUGUGCCCUUGAGCAAGGCACUUAACCCUAAUUGGUCCAGGGCCGCUGUUGAUAAUGGCAGACCCGG